UCCUCGGCGCCCGGCCCCGGCGGACGCGCGAGCCCGGGCCGCGUCCUGCCGUCCCGGCUGCGUGGAGCGGGCGGACGGGUCCUCGCACCGACGGCGUCCGCCACUGACCGCGACUUGGCCCGGGCCCGCCGGGGUCGAGCCGGAGGCCGGCAGAGCUGCUGUCCCAGCCCGCUGGGAGGCCACGGUGCGGGGCCCGGUCAGACCAGGAUGGAUGUGUGAAGACCUGGAGACCGUUGGCUAGGACCAGACACAGCGGUGUGGCGCCAGCCCCAGGCUGCCCUGGUGACCCGUGCAGGAAGAUGACUCCUGUGAGUGACAGGGCCAUGUCGGAGAGCAUCUUUGACCUGGACUAUGCCUCCUGGGAAAUCCGCUCCACACUGGUGGUGGCGGGCUUUGUCUUCUACCUGGGUGUCUUUGUGGUCUGCCACCAGCUCUCAUCCUCUCUGAACACCACCUACCGCUCCCUGGCAGCCCGAGAGAAGGUCUUUUGGGACCUGGCAGCCACGCGUGCGGUGUUUGGCGUGCAGAGCACGGCCGCGGGCCUGUGGGCUCUGCUGGGGGACCCUGUGCUUCAGGCUGACAGAGCACUGGCCCAACAGAACUGGUGUUGGCUCCACAUCACCACGGCCACCGGCUUCUUCUUCUUCGAAAAUGUGGCCGUUCACCUGUCCAGCCUGUGCUUCCGCACCUUCGACCUCUUCCUGGUUGUCCAUCACCUCUUUGCUUUCCUUGGAUUUCUUGGCUUAGUGGUCAAUCUCCGAGCGGGCCACUAUCUGGCCAUGUCCACCUUGCUCCUGGAGGUGAGCACCCCCUUCACCUGCGUUUCCUGGAUGCUCCUAAAGGCCGGCUGGUCCGAGACGCUGCUCUGGAAGCUCAACCAGUGGCUGAUGGUGCACAUGUUCCACUGCCGUAUGGUCCUCACCUACCACAUGUGGUGGGUGUGUUUUUGGCACUGGGACAGUCUGGUCAGCAGCCUAUACCUGCCACACUUUGCACUCUUCCUUGUUGGGCUGGCUUUGCUCACACUAAUCCUUAAUCCCUAUUGGACCCACAAGAAGACGCAGCAGCUUCUCAACCCUGUGGACUGGAACUUUGCACAGACAGAAGCCAAGAGCAGCCCUCCAGAAAGGACCUGUGGUCAGGGGCUAUGGAAAAAGAGGCUGUAGCCCCCAGGCCCUGGCCAGCCUCCAUGCCGGAGGACGGAGGCACAGGGCUCUGGGAAGCUGGGAAAGUAAUGACUUUCCUUACCCACAAGGUGGUAACUGAGAAUCGCUGGGAGAUUCUGACUCUGCUCAUUAGUAUUAAUUCUGAAGUAGCCUCAAAGUAUUAUGAAGACCUUGGUUCACUUUAGGAGCAUAUCUUUGCCAUGCAGUUUCCUUGACUGUUGUGGUGUGUUUCCACAGGAGCUGUGCUGGCCAGGUUAGCAUGCAGCACCCAGUGGGUGCUGGAUGCAGGCUGCGGUGAGGAGGGAAAUCUGAAUACUUGAAGGGACUUCCUUGUGAAGUCCCCAUGUGGGUGUGGUGGGGUCCACACGCUUACACUCUGUGUGUGUCUUACUCAGAAGUCGUGUUCUUUUCACUGAUAAAGAAUCAGCCUAAGGAGCUUGUGGCUGGUCGCUCUGGCCUGUAAUCCGAGUCUCUCAGCUACUGAGAUUUGAGGAUUGAGGUUCAAAAACAACCCAGGCAGAAAAGGCUGGCAUGCUCCGUCACUAAUUAACUAUCAAAAAGCAGGACUGGAGGCAUGCCUCAGGCGGGGGAAAACUCAGCCAACCAGAGCGCAAGUCACUCAGUUCAUGCCUCAGAACUGGCCAAAAAAAAAAAGAAAAAGAUUUUUUUUAACCCUCUUCAAAAUUUCUUAGUACAUACAGAUACUAAAUUCAGUUGCAGCACUGCCAUCUGGUGGCAAGUGGCAUCAAGAUGGAAGGUCGUGUGGCCUUGGUGCAGACCUCCCUGCUCAGCAACCCCAUGGGGGCCUGGAGACUAGUACUGCUUUUCCCGCCAGUGAAGGAAUCUAUUCUGUAGAAUAUAGAUACAGCAUAUAUGCUGUAUGCUGUUUUUAUUUUGUUGUGAGUGUGCUGGUACUAGGGCUUGGACUCAGGGCCUGGGCUCUGUCCCAAGCCUAGUGUUCUUAACACUUGAAUGACAGUUCCAUUUCCAAGAAAUCUAUUUUAAAAUGAGAAGUUUUUAUUGACAUUACAUUGCUUAGUUGACAAAAUAUGGGUAGUAUUUUAUCAGUCUUAAUGGUCCAUAUUUUAGAAC